UUCGAUAAGAUUGGUGAAUAAUCAGACAGCCAACAGGGGCUAUGUUGAGGUGUUCCUUGGUGGAUUGUGGGGCACUAUCACACACACUCGGCCCUACAGACACUACACCUGGGGUAAAGGAGCUGCGACCGUGGCCUGUAGGCAACUUGGUCUUCCACAUUCCGUAUCACUUCCUGUUAGGAGUAGCAUGUUUGGUUCCAUAUAUUCUUUGAAUUGGAUAGAGAGCACCUACUGUUUAGGUAGUGAACAAUCACUACUGGACUGUAUCAAAAUGGGAAGCGUGUCUUACUACAGUUCUUAUAAAGCUGGAGUAAUUUGUACAGAUACAGAUAGUGUACACUAUCGAUUAGCGUCGAAUACAUCUGCAGGUAGGGUUGAAAUUCAAAUUGAUGGAAAGUGGGGAGGAAUCAACAAAAAAGCCUGGAAUGAAAAAUCAGCUUCAUUGUUCUGUAAACAUCUACAGAAACCCUUCUCUAGAGCGUUACCAGUUGUAAAUGACGUCUACGGAUUCAGCCACUGGGAAUGGUUGACUCAAGUUAGUUGCUACGGAACAGAAAUCAAUCUCAUUGACUGUCCAAACGUAGUAACGGGGCAAUACGGAACUGGAUCUGCAGGUGUAGUCUGCACUGAUUAUGCGGAAUUUAGAGUUCGCCUUAACAAUGGAAGCACCGCAGGAAGAGUGGAAGUCUAUUUGGACGGUGAAUGGGGAGGAAUUGACGCAAGCACUUGGACGCAUUCAACAGCGAAUAUUGUUUGCAAUCAGAUUGGAUUAAAGGGGAAAACUGGUCUAGCUGUAAAUAACACCCUUUAUGGUGUAACACCAACCUUAACUUGGAUUAAAGUAAAGGAUUCCUGUUCCUCAGAUGCACAGAUCUUAAGCUGUAAUGUCGAAGUCUUGGGAAACAAAUUUUUUCCAAGAAUAGAAGCUGGUGUUAUUUGUGCAGAUGUAGCUGAAAACGUAUUAGAAAUAUAUAAUGGAAGUUGGUAUGGAACUGUACGGUUUUUCCUGGAAAAUGAAUGGGGAACUUUAGAUGCAGACGGUUGGGGACAAGAAGAGGCAACUGUUGCGUGUAAACAACUUGGAUUUUCUUCGAGAAAGGCUUUGGCCGUACAGUCAGAGUUCUUUGGAUACCUGGAUUACAGAGUCUGGAUCAAGGACUUUAAAUGUACAGGGAACGAGCUAAAUAUUUUACAGUGUCCUUUGUCCAUAAACGGGUUUUCCGAUUACCGAAUAAAAGAUGCAGGGCUCAUUUGUCAAGACAGGGAGAGUUUUAUGGUAAGACUGGUUGGGAAUACUACUACUCAAGGUGUUGUGGAGGUCUUCUUGGCUGAUAGAUGGGGAACGAUAGAUCCAACCCACUGGAAUAACAACGCAGCAAAGUCGGUGUGCAGACAUUUACAAAAACCGAGUCGCUUUGGAUUUGCUGUUAAAUCGAGUAUAUUUCACCAAGAAAAUUCACACCAGUGGCUUUCUACGGCAAAUUGUGAUGGGAACGAACCCACUUUGUUUGACUGCAAACUGUUUGUAUCUGGAAUAAUGGAAACUUCGCAAGCAGCUUCUGUUAUUUGCUCUGACUCUCCUAAGGUUGUCCUUGUUGGAGGAAACAGUACAAAGACUGGUUUGAUAGAGUUAACAAUAGAGGGAGAAAGAGGAUACAUUCCUCCUGUAGGUCAAAACGAAGCCAAGGUUAUUUGUCGACAACUUGGAUAUACAACAAAUGUAGCUUACUUUGAGGGAUCUAAAGCAUUUCCCUCCAAGUAUGCUCGUCGCUGGGCAUCCUCAAUUUCCUGUACUGGUACAGAAGAAAGUGUUUUUGAUUGUUCUUUGAUUAUCGAUGGAACAUUCAAAACGGAACAAUAUGCUUAUCUUUCCUGUGAAGACUCCUUCACACUCAGUGUUAUAAAUGGUCUUGCUCAACACCAAGGGACGCUUCGCCUAUCACUUGGAAAUUUACAAGGUUAUAUUCACCAGGAGAAUUCUAAUCACUGGAAAAGACAGGAGGCAACAGUUGCUUGUCGGCAACUUGGAUUCCCUACAUUUAAAGCCUUCGCUUAUAAUCAUUUUGGACGUAAAACAGGAUGGAGGCUGAUUAGUUCUGUUUCAUGUCUUGGAAAUGAGAGGGUUUUAGGACAGUGCGCAAUGAAUUAUGGACAGGGAGAAAUGAUAUCAACCGAGUUCCAAGGAGUCAUAUGCACAGGUAUGGACGACUAUGCAGUCCGUUUAUCAGAUGGUCAGUACGACAGAGGUCGAGUAGAAAUAUCAAUAGGAGGAACCUGGGGAAGUGUGUCAUCCUCCAGCGUCUGGUCAUCUGGCAAAAACGCUCAAGUUAUCUGUACCCAACUGGGAUUUCAUUCCGGAGUAGCCAUCACCAAUGGAACAUACCUUCGCGGAUUAGGUCCGGUCUGGAUUAGAGAUUUAAAUUGUGCUGGCCAUGAGAGAUCAAUACGUGACUGUUCCUUUACAAUUAAUGGAACAGAUUUAUAUUCCAGAUCAUCUACACCUGAUGUCGGCGUCAUUUGUCUCAAUCAAAGGUUUACACAGGUGACUUCAUCUACGAAAAUUUUGAAGUCGUCACAAACUUCACAAGAAAAUGUUCCAACUACAGAAAAUGUAUUGAAACCAAAUAAUACAACAGAAGGAAAUGAGGAGACAUCAGAUGAAACAGACAAAGAAGAGGAGAUUACCAGUGAUAAUACGGGAUUGUUUGUGGGCAUCUCUGUGGCAGCUCUCUCUGUCGUCUUUUUCAUUGUUCUAGUUAUAUGCUGGAAAUUGAGAAGUACAGAUAAAAAAGAUGCCAGUUUGAGUACCGAUGUUCGAAAGAAAAGUGAUACACAUAAAGGACAGCAGUCGUCAAAUGACUUGGAACAAGCUGAGCAGAAGGAUGUCAAUGUUCAAAGACAGGAUAACCCUGCUUAUAUGCAGGACAAAAGGGGAUAUAGCUCUGAAAGUUGUCCUCACAACAAUUGCAUUCCAGGGAUGGACCUCAUUCAAUUUCCCGUUCAGGAGAGGUUGUAUUCUACAGUCAGCAGCAACUCGUCGUCAUUUGCUAUCGUUACUCCAGUGCUUGAUUGCUAG